AUGUCAUUUACUGUACUCUACGCCUGCGUCGGUGUAGGGACAGUCGCAGUAGUUCUCUUCGUCGUACUGUCCCUCACAGCUCCGCUUGUCCUAGAGAUCGGCUAUGGAAUUAUUGGCGGCCUUUUAGUCUUGGGUGGGAUCGGGUGGAUCUUGUACAGAAACAGUGAUUCGAUCGGUGAUUGGUGGCAAGCCUUCAGAGAUCGAAGGCAGGCCGAAAGGGAUGCGAGGAGAGUAAGGAGGGAGACGCUAAGACAGGAGGAAGAGACUCGGCGUGCAGUUGAACUGGAAGAAAGAAGAGUGAGAGCUGGGGUCAUUGCUGUUGAAGCGAUUUCGUCAGGAGAAGCGAUGAAUGGAACGAAUUCGUGA